CAAAUUUUGAUGAAUUUUACCAAUCUAAAGAAGAAGACAACCAACCUGAAAAAAUAAACCAAUCUAAAGAAGACCUCUCUGAAGAAGUUAACCAAUUGAAUAAAGUACACCGAUCCGAAGAAGUUAACCUACCUGAAGAAGUUGACCAAUCUAAAGAGGUUAAUGAUCCUGAAGAAGUAAAUCUCUCUAAGGAAGUUAUUCGUCCUAAAAAAGAAAACCUUCCCGAAGAAGUUAGCCGAUCUGAAGAGGUUAACCGACCUGAACAAGAUAACCUCCCUGUAAAAGUCAACCUACCUGAAGAGGUUGCUCAACUUGAGGAAGAUAUCCUCUCUGCAGAAGUUAUCCAACAUGAGGAACUAAAACUUCCUGAAGAAGUUGAACAAUCUGAAGAAGUUACCCUUUCAGAAGAAGUUAACCAUUUUAAAGAAGCAAAUCUUCAUAAGGAGUCUGAAGAAAAUUCAGGAGACGAACAGCGGACACAAGUCUUGUCUUCAUCGGUGGGACCAAAAUCGGAAGGUACAGAAUCCGAAACACAAACCAGUGACGAAGCCGAGAUAUAUGACGCCGAUUCCGAAGGAUCAGAGACCGAGGAGCCUUAUACAGAUUUUUGGGGACUAAAACAGGGCGAACUAACAAGCAGUGACGAAGAGGAGCUAUUCGAGGGGAGUUCCGAGACCUCACUUACCCAAGACCAACAAAACUCUCCGGCAUCAAACGAUUCGGAGCCAGGAAGCCCACAACUAGAGUCCGAACAAAUUGGAGAUUUCUUCAAUAACCAGAACGAAGAAGACGAGUGCUCCGAAGUUAGCAGCCGUGACGAAGUCGAGCUAGCUGAAAACAACGAAGACUCAGUGGAACCAAGAGAUCAAUAUCUAAACAAUAACGUAUCGCGAACCGCUCAGAUAGACAGGAAUAGACGCACGGGAUCCGAAACAAUCUGCAGAUCAGCGAUUCGCAAAUAUCCUAGACUCUGUGCACCUAAGCCAGCUUGGUUCAUUUUUAAUCAACUUCAUGCCGUAGCUAGUUAUGUGGCAGUACCAAAAGAGCCUACCCCACUAAAAGAAGAAAGGAAACGCGAGAAACCAAAGAGCGAGGAGUGCACGCCACCAAUCCAAAACAAACGCCAAAGGCGCAAUUCUUCUUCUUCAGAGUCCGAUUCCGAGAGUGGCCACAAAUCCGACGAUUCUUCUGGAUCUAGUUCGUCUGGUUCCGGUUGUUAUUGCUCGCAUCCUAGUUCCAGUUCCUCUGGUUCUGAAGAAAGCGAUUCAGAAGCAGCAGCUCCUAACCAAAACAAAAAGGCACUCGAAGAUCGUGAAAGAGAGCGAAAACAGAACGAUUCAUCAGUUGCUGAAUCUGCAAAUUCUUCUGGCUUUCAUUCCUCCGAUUACCAUCGUUCAAAUCCUUUUGAUUCUGAAGGAGACUCCCCCAAGGCACCCGAAAGUCCUAAGGACGAAAAGGAAGAAUCAGAAUCAGGAUCAGAAGCAGGAUCAGAAGCAGGAUCAGUAUCCGAAUCAGAUGAUAACCAAAGCGAUACGAUUUUAGAUUCAUCCGAAUCGUUCGCUAAAUUGGAACAAACGCCACUUCUUGAUUUGCUUGACUUUGGUGACUCCUACGAAAAAGGCAUUGAAGCAGUGAUAGUGGAAAAUCCCAAGCUAGCACUUGCAAUUAUUACCAGACUGUUGGGACCUGAAGCCGCUGAGCGGUGGUCGCAUGCCUCCCCUAUAAGCCUGAAUCGUCAAGUUGAGGUCUUGUUUUCAAAGUACCGAUCAACCAAGAAGGAAUUGAACGGCGUCUUUAGGAAAGUGAAAGAGCUUGAGCGCUGUCGACUAAACGCCCAACAGACUGAGCAGCAGAAGCAGCAAGAACAGGAGCAACAGAACCAACAGAACCAACAGGAGCUACUGCAGAAGAUCCAACAGGAGAAGCUAUCGCAGAAGAAAAGGGAACAGCGCCGCUUGCGCCGCAAAGCGAAGGAGAAAAAGAGGCAACUGGAGAUCGAUCGUGUACUGCGGAGCAUUAGGCUGCACUAUCUUCACAAGUUGCAAGUGCAACGCGAACAAUUCCUGCUCGACCUGAAGAAGGAGCAGGAGCUCAGGCAAGAGCAGCAGGAGCAGAGGGAACAAACGGAGAGUGAGAGUGAGAAUCGCAAGCCGAUGCAAAACGAAAUGGUCAGCAUACCGGUGGCCAACUUGAACGGCGGCCUUAAGGCGGCCAGCAGCGGAUCGGGAGUGGGUGGCGUUGCAACCGGCGGCGUCGUCUCCUCGGCGGUGCUGGCCAAUGCGCCCCGCGUCUACCUAACGCCCUCCUCAACAUUCAUGGCCAAUCGCCAGGCGUCGGCCGGUGUGGCCGGCGUGGUGGCCACUGGAAAGAUUGGCGGCUCGGUGGUCGGCAGCUCAUCGGGCACGUCCACCGCCGCCGGCACGGUGCGCUAUUUUUCGCAAUUCAGUAAAGUACAAACGGCCGGUGGACCCAGUGUGCAGCGUAAACUGGCCAAUGGCGAUACCAUUGUGCUGGCCAACUGCAACAAGGGAUUGUUCUUCACCAGCAACAGCAGCAGCACAACCCCCCAUCACCACCACACCACAACUGCCAGCAGCGAGAAGGGCAGCCUAGCAGCCACCACCAAUGGCAACAGCCUGAUCGGCCUGACGACCAAAACGGAGCUGCUGGCGGAGGAACAGGAGGAGCUGGUGGAGGACAUGCAGCGCGACCAAUCGACUGUGAUCUCGUUGGACGAGGACGAUGAGGAUGAUGAGAACGUGAACGAGGAUGGGGAUAGCAGCCAAGCGGCGGGCAAGCCCAGUGGUGAGCAGUCGCAGGAGAAGCCUCUGGCCCUGCUGACCGCCGCCAACAAUGCGGUCAACGAGAGCGGGAGCAACAACGAGGACGAGCCCGAGCUGGACAUUGUGAUCAACAACGUUGUCUGCUCGUUCAGCGUCGGCUGCCAUCUGAAGCUGCGCGACAUCGCGCUGAAGGGCUCGAACGUGGAGUAUCGACGCGAGAACGGAAUGGUGACCAUGAAGCUGCGCCAUCCGUAUACCACGGCCUCCAUCUGGUCGUCGGGCAGGAUCACCUGCACGGGUGCCACCUCAGAGGCAAUGGCCAAAGUGGCGGCUCGUCGCUAUGCCAGAUGCCUGGGCAAACUGGGUUUCCCGACGCGCUUCCUUAACUUCCGCAUUGUGAACGUACUGGGCACCUGCAGCAUGCCGUGGGCCAUCAAGAUCGUCAACUUCUCGGAGCGGCAUCGCGACAACGCCAGCUACGAACCGGAGCUGCAUCCGGGUGUUACCUACAAGAUGCGCGAACCCGAACCAAAGGCCACCCUCAAGAUCUUCUCCACCGGCAGCGUGACCGUCACGGCGGCCAGCGUUAGUAAUGUGGAGUCCGCGAUCCAGCACAUCUUCCCGCUCGUCUUUGAAUUCCGCAAGCAGCGUUCGCCCGAGGAGCUGCAGCACCUGCGACAAAAGCAACGCCUACAGGCCGAUCCCAACGAGCUGGAGAAGCUGGUCGUCUCCGAGAGCAAGGCGGCGGCCCAGGACAACAUCUUUGUGAACACAACGGCGGCGCACACGAAGCCAGCGCCGGGUGACAACACCACCCCGGCCACGUCGGGCAUCAUGACGAGCAAGAUUGACAGCAUGCAGCGCCUGAAGCAGAUGGAGAACUACCAUCAGAUGAUGCAGCUGACGCAGGAGGAGCGCCGCCACAUACCCUUCCAGGGGGACAAGGUGGUGAACACCAGCGCUUCCACGUCAAAGGCCGCGGCAGCUGGCUCCAGCUCCUCGACGGCGGAUAAUAUCUGUGCCAAUGCCCGACGCCGGGCCACCGAAUGCUGGGCCACCAAGCUGCAGAACAAGCGGCCGCGCUACAACGAUCCCGGCACCACGGGCACCCUCAACAACAACGCUGCAUCGUCAUCGUCAUCGUCAUCAGCUUCAGUUUUAGCAUCAGCUUCAACCUCAGCCGCCUCCUCCUCGAAUGUUGGGUCAUCGCAAUCCCAGUCCCAGGCGACACAGCUGCGGAAUCCACUCAAGACGGCAGCCCUGGCCAAUGCUCGGAUGCGUGGCGUCGUCGCCAAGGCGCCAACAACAACGGGCGGCAUGGUGAUCAAGCCGGGCAGCCGGAUUGCGCCCACCGCCGGCAGUGGCUACCUGCACGAUCUGCAACUGCAGCAGCAACAGAUGCUGCAGAAGCGACUGCAGCUGAUGCAGCAGCAGCAGCAGCAGAAGAAGAUGCGCCAGACCACCAGCUUCUCGCCGAGCGAUUUCCAGGUGGACGACCUGAUCGAGGAGGAGGAGAGCAACGAGAUGGACCUGCAGUAUUGAGAGCCAGCGCGCUGCCCAUGCCAAAACAUAAACAACUUCAAAAUACACUGAUGGAAACACGAUAACUGAAACGAAAACCAAACAAAACACCCGCCACUCAUACACGAAUGCAGAUAGACGGAGGUUUUUCUUUUUCCGAAUUCGUUGUUGGUCUUUUGUAUAAGCCAUUUUUCAUCACACACACACACACAUUUGUUUGUGUUCGACGCAUUUAAACGAACUCGAGGAAAAUACGGACGCUGGAGCAAAAACAAAAAAAUAGGAACAACCACAAGAAAUCCAAUCAUUUGAAUCCAAAGCGAAACAUAUAUUUCCAGCAAGCAACACCAACAAAACAAAAAACAAAAGCAGCAGCAACAACAAAACCAAGAGCCAAAUAUUUAACUUAUAAGAUUUACGUUUAAACGACCUUAUAACUUAAGAAAGCACACACCACAAACAAACUAGCAAGCAGCGGAUAGCGUGUAGCCGAUUUUUCAAACCCGAAGGAUCCCAGCAAACCUCAACAACAUCCAGAUGGUAAACAGAGAGCUUACCACAACGUAACCUUAAGUGUAGACCUAACAACGACAGCAAGAUGCGCGUUUUGAUGAAUACGUACGCCAGCGUUUUACGUACAUAUAUGAAACCCGACACCUUUGGAUUACUUUGAGUUAUAUAUAUGUUUUUUUUUUUGAUUGGUUUAAAUAGCUAAUUUACAUGAGCAAGACCGCCGCCUUAACAAAUACUGUACUGUAGACCUAAGUGGAUCGAUCGCAUAGGAUCUUGAUCCACACACAACUUAUCAUUCGGAAGAAGUUCCGAUCGCAUGCUUUCCUAUUUUGGUUUGAGCCCUCAAAUUCAAGCCAAGUUCUUCCGAAGCAAACCAAAAUUCUCAAGCAGACACACGAAGAAGAGGAAGAAGAAGAAGAAGAAGAUGAUGAUGAAGAGACCAGAGAAAAACGUAGGAUAAUUACACUAAUUAAUUAACUGAUGAACAACAACUGAUUAACUUCAUGUAUUUUCACACCAUAUUUUUUUUUGUUUUUGCUCUAAGUUUUAGAUGCUAUAAGCGCCUCCGUGUAUAGGAAAACAAAACAAAACAAAACAAAAGAAAAAACAUAUUUGAAUACGAUUAUAAUAUUAUUAUAAUAAACCACAAACACCAAUGUCUGGUCACCUGUAAACCAAUAAUAACAAAUCUAACAAAUACAGCAA